AUGACAAAGUGCACCUAUACCCUCCAUAAUGCAACACGACCUUUGCCCAAAUCCUGUUGUGUAAAUCUUGCAUUUGGGUCACUGUUCCAUAGAUCACACUGCACUUUUCUAAAGGCACAGACACUUGACCAUGAUUUCUGGGACUUUGCUUGUGUUCGUUCUGUUGUGUGGAGUAGAGGCUGGCAGGGUUUUGGUGUUGCCAGGCGAGUACAGCCACUGGCACAACAUGCGUUCAAUCGUAGACGCGUUAGUUGAUAAGAACCACAGCGUGACGGUUCUGAUCAGUUCUUCAUCUCCUACUGUACAGUACACACGGAAGGAGCGGUUCACCUUCAAUGUGUUUAAAGUCAACAUGAAGAAAGAAGAGGCCGAUGGUGUAUGGAGGGACUUUAUUCAUCUCUGGAUGACCGACACAGCCACCACGUUAUACGAGAAAGUCUCCAUGAUCAGGCGAGUGAUGUCAAACUUCAUGGCGCUUUCUGCUGAUACAUGCAAGGGAAUGUUCCACAAUGAGGAUCUUUUACACACGCUUCGGGAAUCUCAUUAUGAUGUGCUUUUAUCUGAUCCAAUGAUGCCAUGCGCUGACUUGAUGGCAGAGACGCUGAAAAUCCCGUACGUCAUCUCACUGCGCUCAACUUUCGCGUAUAGUUUCGAGCAGUUUUGCGGUCAGAUCCCCACACCACCAUCCUAUGUCCCUGCGGUCGCUGUGCAGGGUCACCUCACUGACCAUAUGAGCUUCACAGAGAGAGUUGAAAACAUGCUCCUCUACAUCAUGCACACAACCAUAUUUCAAUUGAACACGAGGUUUACUUUUGACCGGCUUUACACUGAAUUGCGGGGCAAACCUACAACAAUGUGUGAGACCAUGGGGAAAGCUGACAUCUGGUUGAUUAGAACUUACUGGGAUUUCGAGUAUCCACGCCCACUCCUGCCUAAUUUUAAAUUUGUUGGAGGACUGCACUGCAAACCCGCAAAACCUCUGUCAAAGGAACUGGAGAAGUUUGUUCAGAGCUCAGGAGAUCAUGGCAUUGUUGUUUUCUCAUUGGGUUCCAUGAUCAACAACCUGACAUUGGAAAGAUCAAACACCAUUGCUUCUGCUCUUGGUCAGAUCCCACAAAAGGUUAUUUGGCGUUACAAGGGAAAAACACCAGAAUCUCUCGCCCCCAAUACAAAACUCUACGACUGGAUCCCACAGAAUGAUUUGCUUGGACAUGCAAAAACGAAGGCCUUCAUUACCCAUGGCGGGACAAAUGGACUGUAUGAGGCUAUUUAUCAUGGCGUCCCAAUGGUGGGUUUACCACUGUUUGCUGACCAGCCUGACAACCUGAUGCACAUGAAAACCAAAGGAGCUGCUGUUGUCCUUGAUAUCAAUACAAUGAAGUCCAAAGACCUGGCAGAAGCUCUCAAGACUGUAUUAAAUAAUCCCUCAUACAAAGAAAGCGUCAUGAGACUGUCCAGAAUCCACCAUGAUCAGCCGAUGAAACCUCUGGAUCAGGCAGUUUACUGGAUCGAAUUUGUGAUGCGGAAUAAAGGAGCUAAACAUCUACGAGUUCAGGCACAUGAACUGAGCUGGUAUCAGUACCACUGCCUGGACGUACUGGCCUUUUUAAUCUCAAUUGUUGCACUGAUCACAUUCCUCUUUAUUAAAACGUGCAGUUUCUUUUUCCGUAAAUGUUUCAGAAAGACUCGUCCUGAUGGCAAAGCACAAAAGAAUAAAAAAGAGUGAAUGCAUGUAGCCUUGCCCUCAAUACUUCUCUACAGAGAUGCGGUAUGUGUGUCCUAACGUGUGUGCGACGGCCAGUGUGCAUUUUGUGUAUAUUGCAAAUCUACUUAAAGGUGCAGACUGCAGUAUGUAAUAUUGUAAGCUAGCGGUUGAAUUGGGUGCUGCAGUCUAAAGUCAAAUUAUUAGAGAGGGUUGUUUUCCCGCCACUUCCUCCUCAGACUCCACCCUCACGCGGGUUGCCAGAUUUAGGACACAACUGUGAUCAAUCACCCAGUUCAUUUCAGACCCAAUACGCUGUGUUUUCCACCAACUGGCAACCUGGUGUGUCGAAAUACUAUUGGUUAAAUUGGCAGUGGGCGGGAUCACAGACCAAAACAAAAACAUUCUGACCCGGAAAGCACAUUUCAAAAGUAGAAUAACUGGCAGCAUUGUUUUUCUGAGAACCUGUUGAAUUCAGCAUGUUUCUUAAAUCUAUGCAAACAUAUGGCAUUUUUAUGGCUUUCCACAGUCAACAAAAUUACAUAAAGCACCUUUAAUGAAACAAAUACAUGUGAAUGUUCAUGUAAAAUAAACAUAUUACUUGA